AAUAAAAUAGUUAUACAACUGCUCUUAUACUAGAUUUAUGGUUAUGACUUUGAAACAAAUUCUGUAAAUAUUUUGUAUAUCAAUGAAUAUUUUCAAAUAGCCAAUGCUAAAAUUGUUAUGAAAUUAGACCCAAGAAGAAAGAAUUCAAGAUGGUAUUUUGGAGGUCUAGCUGCUACAGGAUCAGCAGCUGUCAUGCAUCCCUUGGAUUUGAUCAAAGUACAUUUACAAACCCAAAAAUCUGGAAAAUUGAGAAUUCUUCCAUCUAUGGUGCAUAUUUGCAAAACCCAAGGCUUUUUUGCACUGUAUAGAGGACUGACAGCUUCAAUAUUUCGUCAAAUGAGCUACUCCACUGCGCGAUUUGCUGUUUAUGAGGCGUUGAAAGCAGAGCUCAGUAAAACAAACCGAACUUCACUUGAGUGGAAAGUGGCUUCGGCGGCAAUAUCUGGAUUCAGUGGCGGAUUUAUUGGUACACCUGGUGAUGUGGUCAAUGUUAGGAUGCAGAACGAUACCAAGCUGCCUAAAGAUCAAAGAAGAGGCUACACUAAUGUUUUCAAUGGAAUAUGGCGGAUAAUCAAUGAAGAAGGAAUAAGCAAAUUGUUUUCCGGAGCAAGUGCCGCUAGUUGCCGGGCUAUGGUCUUGACAAUUGGACAGCUAGCGUCUUAUGAUCACAUCAAAGAAAUUCUUCUUCAUCAUGGAUUCAAUGAUACGGCAAAUACCCACGUUCUCACGAGUAUAAUGGCUGGAGUGAUAGCAGUGACAAUAACGCAACCCAUUGAUGUGAUAAAAACUCGUCUGAUGUUCAAUAAGGGAGAAUACAGUGGUUUAUUUGAUACAAUAUAUAAAACAGGUUUGGAAGGACCAGCUGCUUUUUAUAAGGUACACAAUUGAACGUGAGCAAUAAAAUAUAAUCACGUAAAGAAAUUAGAUUGCUUGAAUUUAAAAAAAAUAUAUAUAAUAUUUUCCAAAAGGUUCUGAAAUUUUCGUGAAUGAGAUGAAGAGUAAUCAUUUGCCUACUACUGUACUUGAGAAAGGCUUUUUAGGAGGCCGCAUUCAUUCGACAUUGAGAAUAAUAAAUUAAUGUCUUUCACUAUAA